GGAUUAAACUAGAGAAGGUGGAAGAAGGAACCAAUGAGCAUAAAUACCCCUUCCUUGCCCACUCUUCCCCCUUCUACCCCCCACCGGACGCCUCCCUUCUUCCUCGAUCCAUCCAGAGGCCUCCGACAAGAGGCAAGGAGCAGAAAGGAUCCAGCUCAAGUUCCAGCCUUGAGUUCAGAGGAAGAGGGGCAACGCCCGCGAGAGCUCCGGACGAUGACAAGAUCAUCGAUGGAAGUCCUUCCUCCGACGACGCCGUGCUACCCCGGCUCAAGUUUGUUCCUUGGCGAGAGGAGGAGUAGGGGCUGGAGCGGAACUGGCACUUGGACCCCCGAGGAGAACAAGCGGUUCGAGUAUGCCUUGGCGAAGUUCGACAAAGAGACCCCCGACCGGUGGGAAAGGGUGGCGGCGUCUCUCCCUGGCAAGACGCCGAGGGAUGUGGAAAGCCAUUACCGGAAUUUGCUGAAUGAUGUGAAGCAGAUAGAAGCCGGGCGGAUCCCAUGUCCCGGCUACGACUCGUCUUCUUUUUCGCUGGACUGGGAGAGCUUCGAAGUGCUAAAGCAAUCAUACUGCGUCGGUGGUAGGAGAUCAGGAGCACGAGCAUCGGACCAAGAGAGGAAGAAAGGAGUCCCCUGGACGGAAGAGGAGCACAAGCGAUUUCUGCUCGGUCUUAGGAAGUAUGGUAAAGGAGACUGGAGAAAUAUAUCUCGAAAUUUUGUGAUCACUCGGACCCCGACUCAAGUGGCUAGCCAUGCGCAAAAGUACUUCAUCAGACUCAAUUCAGGUGGCAAAGAUAAGAGGAGGUCGAGCAUACAUGACAUUACCACUGCCAAUUUGCCGGAUAACAGGCCUCCUUCACCGUCUCAGCCAUCUUCUCUUACCUCUCAGCCGUGCUCAGCUCCUGCACCGAUAUGGUCAAGCCCGUACUCAUCGAUCCACGAUACAAAUCCACCUGAUGAAGCGACUGGUACCUUUAGUUCAUCAGCGCAAGUGAGUCAAAUUAUGCAAGCACGAUACGGAGUGGCUGCUUAUGGGUUGAAGCUAGAAGCUCAUGCACCUCAGAGUGGCACUCUUCGUGAUCCAUUGGUUAACGACCAUAAUUUGCUGUUUCGGAUGCAAUCAAGUCGUCAUCUUCCUCACGGAUGAGAUUCUAUUAGUCAGUAUUUGGAUAUUUAUUGCAAAGAAGAACCGGAGGAGGUGAAUGGGGGCUUGGUCGAGGAUGGAAGAUAUGGUGCUUUUUCUUCUACGAUAUCUAGUAUGCCAUUGUACACUAUAAAAAUAAAAAUUUGUACUAGCAGCAAUGCAGUAGCCUCGGUCUGUUGUUGAUCAUGAUCUGAAAUUAAGGGUUCUUGUUCUGUUCUCCGCUUUGGUUUUGCACGAUCUACACGGCCCGAAGCAGUGUCAAUGUCUUCUUUCUCCAGUGCUGCUCAAAAGAAAUCGGACAACCAGAACCGCACAAAGGUCAAUAAACAGGUAUGAAUCGAAGUUCUGAAACACCACCUUACCAUCUGGUUUAUCAGCCGUCGGAUGUUCUGUAGUGUCUCUACACUGAAGCUCUUGAUAAGCUGUUGGUACGAAAACAAUGGUUGUAUCGGCCAUGACUCUUUGGCCAUGCUUGUUUCUCUCGUAGUUUGAUGUUGCUUAGUCACUCGAUCGAAGCAGACAAUAGCUUGUUUGAGGGCUAUCUGAACUUGUAUAAGGUUUCAGACUGCUUUUGUUUGUUCAAUUUGCCUACUGUUCACC